AUGUUGGGAUGCAUCAGAAUCAGUACUCCCACUUUCCUGUGGCUCGCCCUGUCCGCUGUGGGACGGCCCGCGGACAGCUACUCGCAGUGUGGGGGUAUGCAGUGGACGGGUGUCACUGAAUGCAUUGCGGGAUACGCCUGUACUCACCAGAACGACCAGUACAGCCAGUGUAUCCCAGAUGCGACCUUCGAAGAAGAGCGCCUUGUAGUAGACGCCGAGGCUGCGACCCCAUUGACAACGCCCUCGGCAUCUCUUCUGACUGCCGUCGCACCGUCCUCCACCUUCCGGACUUCAUCCGCGGCGUCUAUUGCAGUCUCUUCUGCCACGACAAGUGCUUCAAGCUCAACCACCACCAGCACUAUCCCGGCGCCAACAACUCCACCGUCGAAAGCCGUUGGCAGGCUACCUGCUUUGGGAUGGAACGGUUGGAACGCUUAUGGCUGCGACAUCAGCGCAGAUAAGGUCCUGGCAGCCGCACAGUCCUUUGUCGACCUCGGACUGGCCGACGUCGGUUACGAGUACGUGAAUAUCGAUGAUUGCUGGAUGCUUGAGUCUCGCGAUGCGACUACACAGCAGCAGGUUCCAGACCCCGAUAAGUUCCCCGACGGUAUUGCUGCAGUUGCGGAUGCGAUCCAUAACAUGGGACUCAAGAUCGGCAUCUACAGUGACGCUGGAACGUCCACGUGCGGAGGUUAUCCCGGCGGACUGGGAUACGAGACCAUCGACGCGGCGGUAUAUGACUCGUGGGGGAUUGACUACCUCAAGUAUGAUAACUGCAAUGUGCCAUCGAACUGGUCGGAUACGCCGGAUCAGGGAGAUGACUACUACAAUUCGAAGACGGCCAUCCGCUAUCGCAUCAUGGGUGCAGCGCUCGCCGAAAAUGAGACUCCAGUGCAGUACUCGCUUUGCCUAUGGGGUGUUGACGAUCCCUGGGAGUGGGGCGCGAAAGUUGGACACUCCUGGCGGAUGGAUUAUGACGCGCAACCGGAUUGGUCGUACAUCACUCAGAUAAUGACGAAGAAUGCGCGAUAUCUUGAUGCUAUCACGUUCUAUGCUCACAACGAUAUGGACAUGAUGGAGAUCGGCAACGGAAACUUCACCGUCGAAGAAGAGCGGACGCACUUCGCAGCUUGGAUCCUCAUGAAAUCUCCCAUCUUGCUAGGAACCGAUCUGUCUAAACUCUCUAGCGAUCAAGUCGCGAUUGUUUCCAAUCCUGCAUUGCUGGCAUUCCAUCAGGACUCAUCGGUUGGCGAACCUGCGAAACCAUUCACGUCUUCAACCUCGGACACCACAUCGCCUCCCUCGUUCUAUGCCGGUACCUCCUCGAAGGGCACACACUUGUUCAUCGUGAAUCUGAACGAUACGAAAGCGUCAUAUACCGUGAACUUCGCCGAUGUACCCGGCCUCGGCUUGGGCAGCUAUGUUCUGCAAGACAUGUGGACAGGGAAGAACUUGGGAAACUUCAGCGGCAAUUACACCGCAUCUGUUGCUGCUCACGAUACUGUAGCCAUACUAGCGACAAACCCCUGA